AUGCCCUUGUUUCUACCUUCAACUUUUGAUAACCUUGUCAACUUGCGCCACCACAAUAUUCUAAAUACAUUCUCAUUGGAAGGAAUGCCUCCACAAAUCGGUAAAUUGACAUGUCUACGGACACUGUCUCAUCUAGUUGUGGGAGAAGCAAGUUGCUCUGGAGUAAAGGAGCUGGGGCCUUUAUUGCAUCUUCAAGGGACACUCUGUAUUUCAAGAUUGGAGAAUGUGAUUGAACCUAGGGACGCUAAGUUAAUUGAAAAGUCUGGCCUUGAUGGCUUGUUAUUGGAAUGGAGUGACAACUUGAACGAGUCAAAAGACAGAACAAGUGAAUUAGAUAUACUUAGCAUGCUACACCCUGGAGGCACUUUGAAAGAGCUCAUUAUCAGAUGCUAUGGUGGUGCAAGAUUUCCAUCUUGGUUAAGAUAUUCCUUAUUUCCUAAUAUGGUGCUCCUAAGGAUUGAAAAUUGUCAAAAAUGCACAUCAUUGCCACCAACUGGACAAUUACCUUCACUCAAAGACCUUUCAAUCGAAGGCAUGGAUAGUGUGAAGAAUAUAGGUGCGGAGUUUUAUGGGGAAAAUUGCCAACAAACUUUUAGAUCCUUGGGGACACUGUAUUUCAAGGGGAUGGGAGAAUGGGAGAACUGGAUUCCUUAUGGAGAAUUCCCACACCUGCAAAAGCUUUUUAUAGGAGACUGUCCCAAGCUUUUGGGAAAGUUACCUAACCACCUUCCCUUACUAGAGAGUUGUGAUAUAUGGAUGUUGGCAGUUGAAUUCACUUGUCGAAUAAAAGGGUCUGAUAUGGGUGGGCUGACAAAGGCAAAAGAUUUAGCCAUUUUCAAGUGCAAGGAGUUGGCACAUUUGUGGUCAGAUGAUGUGGGAUCGCUGCCACAGCUCCCAUGUCUUCGUGUUUUGAAGAUUGAGAGCUGUACCAAACUAGUUUCUUUGGUGGCAGAAGAAGUAGAAGAGCAGCUGCAACUUGGAAUGCCAUCUAUGGUCAGAGAAAUCGAGAUCCAGAAUUUCAUUGUCCUAGAAUCCUUACCCAAGGCAAUGAUGUACAACAACACAUGUCUGGGGUACAUUCAAAUUGUAGAAUGCGAUUCCCUACUGUACUUUGCAAAAGUCUAG